AUGGCCAACUCGAUGUCACUCAUUCCUACCCAGUCGCCUCCUGCUCUGGAAUAUGUAUUGCACCAUGCUUUUCUACCACACAAAGGUAAACGAUGCUCCAAAUUCAGCUACAUCUUCCAUCCCCAAGAAGUGCAGACGGCUGCCUACGUCAAUGAGAUAAACCUCUACAAACCAGACGAGGAAGAAAGAGGGAAAUUCCAUUGCAAGCAGAACAGGGACAUUCUGGGCCAUAGAAACGAAGUCCACAUUGCAGAGAUGCAGGUUGCAGCAAACCAAUGCAGGUUCCACCACUCCAAAGAUGCUCUCUGGAGUAACAGAAUCCCUGCUCUUCCAGACAAAGGACUUGGGAACUCCGUAGUAAAAUGUAGCGUGAAUGGGAUCCAUUCCUCUAAGGAUCUCAGCGCCCCUCAUCAUAAAACCCAACCGAAAGAGGUUAACCUGCACAGCUCUUCUGCUCAGCAGCCUGAACCUCCAGCCAAAAGAGACUUCCAGCCAAAAACAGGUGAUAAACUCGAGAUUUUUGAUCCUGAAAAUUACCUCAAGCAGACUUUGGAAACUUCGAAUGCUCUUUGCAAGGAGGAGGGUUUUCAGACGACCGCCGAACCCAUUUUUGCCCUACCAGAGAUGCGAGACGAAGACGUUUGGUUGGAUAAUCCAUCUUUUCUCCCCGAGGACAACCAUGCUGAGAAAUUGAGGACUGUUGGGAAGGAGAACCUCCCAAACCACCUGGUGCAAAUCAACCAAAGCACGGAAAACACGACCAUCGUCCAUAACUGGAACCCGCUGUGCAGGGAGUCGGAUGAAGGGGACGGCGUCUGGCGGACAAGCCCUUUCGACCUCUCUUUUGAGGACCAAAUAGCCACCGAGAUUCUCUCAGGGAGGAAAAAGAGAGAGCCUGCUUGGGAAGCUAGAUCUGAUGGCCUCACCAAGGUUAACGGAGAACUGGAAGAAGACGCGGACGUCGCAGAGGCCCUGGCAGCCCUGGAGGCUGCUACGGCUGAUGAAAUUUUUGAAGAGGAGGAGGAGGAAGACUAUUAAGAUGGCUGUUGGGGUAGUGAUGAUACGUACGUGUCUCUUUAACAAGAAGGGGUUGCUUCACUUGAGAAAGCCACUUGGAGGUCUGGGCUCAGGAUGUUCAUAGCUGGUCAAAGGUGUGAUAAUCUGGGGCAUGGCACAAAGGCAACUCAGCCAGAGAAUAAGUAUGGGUCCUUUUAUUAGCUCCAACUUUGCCCCCAAUGUUCCGGUUACCUU